AUGUUAUUGUUUACACAGUUGCUUCUAGUGACUUUAUUUAUCAGUAGUUCUCUAGAAAUAAGAGGAUUCAGACGAAGACAGUACGAAAAUGACUGCACUCUUGCUCCAAAUGUUCUUGCUCCGGAUUUACCAGAAAACUGUCAUGAUUUUAAUGACGAGAAAGUCGAAGGUCCACUGGAGGUACUGACCGCGGAAAAGUUAAAUCAACAUCCGGCUGCAAUUGUAAAUCUCAGCAUCAGUGGAGGCCUGUCAGGCAUAGAACAAGACUGUUUCUCUUCACAUAAAACAAGUUUAAAAAGCAUUGCAAUAGUAGGCAACAAUAUUCCAACUUUUCCCGGUUACACUUUUUCAUACCUUUCCUUAAAUAAAUUGGAUUUGAGGAAUAACGACAUUGUAUACCUGGGACUCCACCCGUUCGAUGACUCGAAAAUUGAAGAUCUGAACUUGAAUUACAACAAAAUCAGUACUUUACUUAAGUCUGCCUUCUCAGCGGAAAUUUCCUGCAUUCGUAUAGCCAAGAACAGAGUAAGUUUCAUUGAACCGCAGUGUUUUCCAGGUAGUUUGGAGAUGCUAGACUUGAGACACAAUUUGUUGUACGACAUCGAGAGUGACCACUUUAGUAAUUUGGAGAAUUUAAAGAAGUUGUAUCUAGCUAAUAACCACUUACAAAACGUCGACUUCACAGGAAAUAAAAUGAAGAAACUAGAGCUGCUGGACUUAUCUUUUAAUGAUUUAACAAGCAUUAACCAAACGUCUUUCAGUGAGUUAACAAAAUUGGAAAUCCUAAAUUUAACUAGCAAUAACAUUAAAUGGAUAUCGUCGGGAACGUUACAGGUUUUCGACAAACUAAAAGUUUUAGAUAUAAGCCUCAAUCGUUUCUCAAACUUUCCCUACAAUGAAUUACAUAACUCAGUGGAAGCGAUUAACAGUUUUGGAAAUCCGUGGAACUGUGAGUGUUUCUUCCGUAUGGAGAGACAUUUAGCUAAAAAUCAGAUAUCGAGUUUCAAGUGCGAGUUAAACUCCAAAGAUUUACCUUUCUGUGUAGUUUAUGAAGACAAAUGUGUAGACGUACCAAAUGAAUCGUUAAUUACGGUAUUCAAAGGACAUAUGUCGCCAGACUUAAUACAAUACUGUAGUUUAAGUGGACCUAUUAAGCAUCUUGCAGACGAUUUAUUGUUGCCGGAGCCUCUUGAUUCAGCGGUUUGAAGUAACUUUUCUAUAAAUGAUGACUAGUACUGGUUACAGAAACAAAGGGGUAAAUGUAUUAUACUUAGUUACAAGCAUUCGGAAAAUAAACAUUCCAAAAUGUU